AUGGAGUCUUUUGAAGGACCUCGUCAGGUUAACAGUGCUAACUUACUACGAGUCCCCAGUGGAAAUGAUUGCACUUCAGAUGAUGAAGAUGUUAAUAUUGACAUUAAACUUCGUUUCUCCCCAUGUCCCCGAAGAAGGAAUUCUUCAGCUUCAGAGGAAGAGGAGGCAGAAACUCCCACCAACAUCUCAAGAAAAGUUUCAUUUGCUGAUGCAUUUGGAUUUGAUCUUGUGUCUGUUAAAGAGUUUGAUAUCUGGGAAUUUCCAAAUACAGGACAAGAAAAUUACAUAGAAGAUGAAGUCUUCCCUCAGGAUGAAUAUUUUUUCUCCCAGCAUUUUACAUUACCUGCUUCUCAAGAAGAACUUUUACAAAAAGUGCGAGAGCAGAAAGUAGUGUUGGAGUCAGUCCUGCUUAUGCCUGGGAUUACCUGUAUGAACGGCAUUAUACGAGUCCUGAAUGUAUCCUUUGAAAAGCAGGUGUAUGUUCGAAUGACAUUGAAUAACUGGCUCAGUUACUAUGACAUCCUCGCAGAGUUCAUGCCUAAUUCUUGUGGUAGUGAAACAGAUCAGUUUUGCUUUAAGAUUUCUUUGGUGCCUCCUUUCCAGAAAGAUGGAACUAAGGUGGAAUUCUGUAUCCGCUAUGAGACAUCAGUUGGUACCUUCUGGGCAAACAAUGAUGACAAAAAUUACACACUGAUUUGUCACAAGAAAGAAACUGUGUCCAAGGUGGAUAAUAAAUCCCAGAAAGAGGUUACAGAUAGGAGUCUUAAAGGCUGCUUAAAGACAACACAAAGCAGAAAAGAAGAAAUAUUGGCAACGUCUGAUGGUGGCACAUGGAAUAACUCAAGGACUUCAGACACAAACAUCCCAGAAAUUGUUUAUUCACAAGCAGAAGACAAAGACACGAAGCUAACUAAAGAAAAUAUAAAAGCCAAAAAUGCAGAAUACAACCAGGGCGAUCACAAAGAUGAUGAAAAAGAAUUAGAGUUGCUGUUAAAUCAGCACUUCACAGGAGCUAGAGGUACCUCUUCCAAAGAUGAAAGGAAUUUAUAUACAACAGAACCAAUUAAUUUUCCAAGUGAAACUGAAGGAUUGGUGGAAAAGCUAACCUGUAUAGAAAGAAGCAGUGACUUGCACCCUGUGCCUAUCGGUUCCUCAUCUGAAAACACUUCCCAUGCGGUAGGAGAAGAAUUAAAAGAUAAAGCUAAGUAUUCUCUAAGAGAUUAUAAUAAUCAGCUACCAGGGAAGGAAGUCACUGCUGGCUCAGUAAACAGCUAUGAGCAGUCUUUGGAACAUACUGGUACCAGUGAAAGCCUUUUAUCGGCAAAAUAUUUUCCUCUGACAAAGCAGAAUGAGGCUAUCAAUACUAUGGCUACUGGCUCAAGUGGACAAGGAGAGAGGCACACAGAUAUUUCAAAAGGUGAAAUAGAUAGUUCCUCGGGAAGUAAGAUGAUGGAGAGGUUAUUCAUCAGUGAGGAUGAUGCUGGUACCUCAAAAGGAGCCUGUGAAACGAGACCAGAAACCAUUUUACCAGAGCAUGAUGAAUCCAUGAAAUUAAAUGAAUACCUAGCAAGGACACUGGAUGGCAAUGCUAAUCCAGCUCUGGAGCACCAGGCACCACGAAUGUUUCACCAAACUUUGGAUUCAUUGUCAUCAGAUGCUGACAAAAACAUAGGAAAAAUCAAGAUGAUUGAAAGCAAAAUUCAGGUACACUCAAGAGGAGAUUUGUAUGCUGGCACUUUUGCACAUGCUGGUGUCUCAACAGAUUCCACGCAAAAGGAAGGUGUUGGUGAAAUGUCAGAAAGGAACACUGAUUUAGGAAAGCAGAAGAAAGUCAUUGAAGUAGCAGACUUGACAUCAAUCGGUGAGGAGGAAGCUUCCAAACCUUUCAAGGCUUACAGGAAACACAAUGCCAAAGCCCUGAACCCAGCACCUCUGCCAGCUGAGAGCAAACAGGGUCCCAGGGCCACCAGGGUGGAUGAAAGGCAACCUGAGGACACUCAGGAACACAGAGGAUUCAGGAGGUUAAAAGACAGAGAGACAGACAACACAAAUAAAGGGAGAGCAAUCGGAAGGGAAAGCGAAGCAAACUUUGCAGAGCAGAGGUGGCAAGAAACGGGGAGUGAGGUUUGGUGGAGAGUGAGGGGGAGCAUGGAACCUCAGACCGUGACUUCCACAAAGGAGCUGUUUACCUGCCGGGAGGCAGAGAGUUGUGAAAAGUCUUCUGUCUCUGAGCAGGGUGUUACAGAGAAAGCAGAGGCAGGUACAGCUUAUAUAAUUAAAACAACAUCAGAAAGUGCUCCAGAAAAAAUGCCUGGCAGUGAAAAAGCAGUAAUUGCUAAGCUACCUCGAGAGACUGCACUAAGUGACAGGCCCACAGAGGAAAAGGAAACAGCGUUUGAUACACAUGAAGGGAGAAAUGAUGGUUCACAUUAUGCUCUUUGUCAACUCAACACAGUGGGUGUAUUAUAUGACACUGAAUUUGAAAAGGAAUCAGUUGUAGGUAUUUAUAAUGCAUGCGUACAUGAAACACUGCAAGGAGAAACGAAGUCUGUCUGCAAUAGCAAGGAAAAAUGUGCCAAAGCACAAGCAGACAAUAUUCUACCUGUAGGAGAAGCAGUAAAAGCUUCUGCUACGGGAAAGAAAGAUUUGCAAGAGGGUUUAUGUUCAGAAGUACCUAAAGGUCCCCUGAGCACUCAGAAGCAUCUAUACCAUGAGAAAGCAGAAGAGCUCUACAGGGGAGAAAGCCAUGGUGAUACACUUUCCUGUUUAUGUUCUAAAGCUGAAACAAAAAUGCCACCUUCUGGUACAAAUACUGUGCCUAGUUACCAUUAUAAAAGCUCUUCAGUGCCAUCUUCAGAAGGGCCCACUGUGGAAGAAGCACUUAAGUUACCUAGUGAGUCUCCAGGUUUAAAACAUAUUGCUUUCAAAAUAUUUUAUUUCUUCUUGUUUCUUCUAUUUGCUGCAACACUCUACCACUAUGAUUUGAUGGUCUGCCUUGCACUCUACCUGUUCUCCUUGUAUUGGCUGUACCAUGAAGGAAGAAGAAACAAGGAGUCUAUUAAGAAGGAAUAACAUUGACUGUCAGCUGUGCUCAGGAUCCAUGGUCAAUAAUAUUCAAUUCCACCAAAGCAUUUUCACUGUUAAAGAGUUUAUUCUUUUAGAACCAAAGCAAGAUUUUCACAGCAUUAUCUUUUAUUAAGAGAUUACAUAUGAAGUUUAGCCUUCAUAUAAGUAAUUAAACUAUGCAGGACCAUUAUGUUUGGAUCAUUAAAUAGCUAUAUGAAUAUGAGUUCUGAAGCACGUCAAGUUACAAUGAAGUACAGCUGUUGCUUCUUAACAGGAUAUGAAAAAGCAAUGCUUCAUGUCUCUGUAGUACUUAAACCCACCAUUUACUUGCUUUAAUUUCUUUUGCAUUAAAGCUUCAUAUUUUUCUGGGAAUUUUUUUCCCAAGAUUCUGUGUGGUACAUAAAAACACAAGAAACAGUAUAAAACCUAAGUCAGUAUUUUGGUGCUGACAUUGCAGUUGAUAAUCUGCUAGUGUAAUUAGCCAAUGCUCUAAACAAUGCAUCUGUUGAUAGUUUAAUACAUUUUUCCAAAUUUUUAUUUCAUUUUUUCGACUUAGAGCUUCAGCGGUACCCCGUUUGAAAAAUGUAAGGCUUUGACUUCAGUAACGUCAUGUAACUUCCAGGAUGUAACUGUGUAGCAGAAUAGAUGUGCUGGUUCCACCCUGUAAAGAUUGAAGGUCACAGCCACAGGCCUCUUACUGAUCACUGACAUGCACAAAAGUUUUUGGGUUUUGCAAAUGAGGACUGAGUAACAUGACUGAGAAUUUCACUGAACUUAUAUUCUGGGCAAAGCCUUUGAGUGACAUUUUUCAUCAGAAUUGUUUGAGCAUAUCUAAAAAGCAUUAAAUAAAUUUUACAAAGGAAUGCUAUAACUGUGUGGAGCAUGUCUGCAUUAGAUUUACUGUUUUUUUUUUCCCCUAUGGCUUGCAACCUAGAGCUAAUCAAACACCAAGAGAAAACACUGGGCAUGACCCUGCUGUUCAGUAAGGCUGCUUUGCCUGGUUUGGGUGAGGCAGAAAAGACUAGUAUCUGCCCUAAGGAGAGCCCAAAUUGAUCCUGUGCAGCAGGCCUGUGGGGCAGACACAUGAGCAGCUUUGCUGCUCCAACACUACAGGUGUCCUGCACAAGAUCAAGCCCAAAUUUUGUCCAGAAAGAAAAGAAUGGACAGGUUAUGAUGUUCUUCAGCCAUUUCCCAGAGGAUGGCCACAGAUGGUAUCAC